CCGAUGUGUUGGAUAAUAGAAAUUUAACACAGAUGUAAAAAUAUCACCACAAUUUAUCAGUUCAUGGAUCAGACAAAACCUCCCACCAUCAACCACAACCGCAUCGGCCGCGAGGUAGGCGGAGGGGAGUUUACGGACCCUUCCGCUGUCGACCACCACCACAUCGGCGGCGGGGGAGGCGGAGCGGAUUCCACCGUCACUCCCAGUUAUGAAUUCCAGCCGAUUCCUCCCGUCGGAUCCUCUGCUAACAUCACAAGAGCAGAUUCAGUAGAUACCAAAAACAUUAACGCUGGUGGAAUCAAGGGAAAAUCUUUAGUGCUCAAAAUUUGUACUGCUAGUCCGGGGUCAAUGAUUGAGAGACUCAAGCGUUGUAGUAUUGGGAAGGAGGGGCAGCGUAAACUGAGAAAACUUGUGGGACAUAUCAAAAUUCGUGAGGGCUUUUUUCCUGACUGGUUACUCUCAGAAAUUCUCUCAUGGCUUCCUAUCAAGUUGGUCAUCAGGUGUAAAUGUGUAUCCAAACAUUGGCAUUCUUUCAUAUCUAAUCCUUCUUUUCCCCGUUUUUACAUGUCGCGAUCCUGCUUUCCUUUGUCUUCGCCAGCGCCUCGUGGCUGUCCCGCUUGGGCUCUUGUUCCUUGUUAUAUGCGUGUGGAAGGUUCUAAUUUUCUUACAUAUCCUCAUUAUGAAAGACUAGAGGAUGUACAUUCUGGUAAAGUGUCAUUACCUGGUUGUUAUGUACUUCCUCUGCCGAUGUCACAGGAAGCAAACGCAAGGAAGGAUCGUAUGUUUUAUCUUGUCAAAGCAGUUAGCAAUGGGUUUGUUUUGUAUGGUUUGUCGCAUCCUGCGCACCCCAUGUCUGAAGUGGAACAUUAUAUAUGUAACCCGAUAACCAAGCAGUGGUUUGCCCUUCCUCCCGCACCCAAGUAUUUGUCAAAAGAAGUAAGCGUUGGGUUUAUUGCACAAGUUGAAGAAGAAUGCAUUUUAACUAGUUACAAGGUCGUAUUACUUCAUUGUCCACCAAGGGGGCGAAUUCAUUUAGAGUUGGAGGUUUUUUCUUCUGAAACUGGUGAAUGGAUCGAGUAUAGCUUGAAGUCUGAUCACCCUGUUCGUGUCUUCGGUCUAAAGAGAGCUGUUUACUUGAAUAACAAUCUGCAUUGGGAAAAUGGCAGGCGUGGAAUUAUAGCAUAUGAUCCUUAUAACACUCCUGAAAAGUUCCGAAUCAUUUCAGUCCCGGACGGCUUUAAGAGUCCUAAGUCAAAGGGAAAAGUAAGCUUGUGUGAUGUCCAACAAGGACGCCUUGUGCUUUGUGAAAUGGAGGGUGUGUAUGAAUGGGAAGGCUUUUCAGAUUUGAAGGUAUGGGUACUUGAGGACUACAGCAUGAACCGAUGGUAUCUGAAGCAUAGAAUCAACAAGGAAAAUGUAAUAGUGGAUGAUAAAUUAUUAUUGGUGGAGGAGAUGUUUCAAGUUCUGCCAGCAGCUUUCCAUCCAUACGAUGCUGAUGUUAUUUAUUUGGCUCUGAAUGACUAUGACAUCGUGUCUUACAACAUGAGAACUCGAAGGAUGGAAGCAUUUAGUGUUCAGUUGAAACCUGAAAAGAGGAAGGGUGGAAAUGAAAUGCAUAUAUGGCCACCAUGCUUUCUGAUUGAGCUAAAAUUAUGGCCGGUUUGCAUUCCGCGUAGCUUAUUAUCAUCUCUUUGUACGUACAAGGGGAGUUAAUUCUAUUCUCACUUACUGUAAUUUGUGUAAGCAAUGAUUUUCACGCGUUUGAGUUUUGAAAUUAAGUUAGAUUCUUUAUAUCUGAUUUCAUAGGACUGUAAUCUUAUAUAUAAGUGAUUCUUUAUAUCUGAUUUCAUAGGACUGUAAUCUUAUAUUUAAGUGAGAGCAGUUUGCCCUGUACAGGGCAUUUUGAUUGUUUUAAUUGCAUGUACGAUAUGUUUGUUGGAUUUGUAGGACUCCAUUUCACUAAUGACAUUUUGGAAAGUACUGAAUUUGAA